AUGCAAGUUCCAGGUAAUGAUCGAUAUUAUGCAUAUAAAAGUUCUACAACACCUAUGAAAGUAAAUACAAUCAUUCCACUGAUAUAUGAAACCAUAAAAGCUAAAGUAAAAUAUGAGCUGGAUCAAGCAGAUUUCCUAAGUUUAAUUAGUGAUGGUUGGACCUGUCAGCACACCAUUCAAUCGUAUUACAGUUUGACUGCUAGAUUUGUAACACAUGAGUUUACAGUUAAACAUGUCAUCUUACAAGUUACACACUUCCCUGAGUUGCACACAGGGCACAAUAUAAGUAAAUUCAUAAAUGAAGAGCUACAAUCAUGGGAAAUUCCCCAUGAAAAAAUUCAUGCAGUUUUAACUGAUAAUGCAGCCAAUGUAAUGGCUGCCAUUAAAGAGUCAAACUUGGGCGAUAAACAUCUUCCAUGUCUGAUACAUACUUUACAACUUUGUAUUCAGAAAAAGAUCUUUAGAGAACAAAGAACAGCAAGUGAUGCAAUAGCUGUUUUUCGAGCAUUAGCAGGACAUUUCCACUACUCAUCUAGUGUUGUGGCUAAACUAAAGGAAAUUCAAAGUCAACUAAAAUUGCCAGAGCAUAAUAUAAUUCAAGAUGUUUCCACAAGAUGGAAUUCAACAUACUAUAUGCUUGAGAGGUUCAUUGAGCAGAAAAAAGCUAUUACAUUGUAUUGCAUUACCAGAAAUCUAACAAAUCCAAAAAAUCCUACGGAAAAUCAAUGGCAACUUGCUGAAAUGCUUGUAUGCAUAUUAAAACACUUCGAAAGUACUACAAAAGACAUGAGUAAAGAAACUGUAUGUAUAUUAGAGAUUAUACCAUUUAUCUAUGCAAUGGAAAUGUUUCUAGACUACGCUUUUGACACAGCUACUGAAAUCAAAACUGUUGUUGAUGAACUUAAGAAAGAUUUUAACUGUUGUUUUCAAAAAUACAAGGAAAAUGUUGAUCUAAAAAUAGGGAUGAUGCUUGAUCCUUGUUUCAAGUUAAAGUUUGUUGAAGACAAGAAUCAUAAUAUGUUUAAAGAAAUACUCCAUCUAGAGUUCUAUUGUUUUUGUUCUAAAUUUCAUUUAGAACAAGUAAAAGAAAUUGAAUUUGGUGUAGCAAGAGGUAGUGGAUCAGACUCAGAAGAAUCAUUAAGUUCAUUUUCAGAAUCUAAAAUUCAUGAGUCCGACUCAGAUUUUGAUGGCUAUGGCUUUCCAUUAAAAAAAACAACUAAUGAGCAUGGACAUAUAUAG